UUUGUUUGAAAACCUAGUACCGAUUCAAUCAUAAUGUGCGUUUUCAGUUAUGAACAAGAUUUCAAAACAAAAUUAACAUUAACUGUAUUAGUACUAAUAUCUGGUAUGUGUUUAAUGCCACAAAGUAAAAGUCUAGUUAAAGAAGUAUCAUCGCAUACAGUAACAGACGAAUGUCAAUUAACGCCAGUGAUACAUGUUUUACAAUACCCUGGGUGUGUUCCAAAGCCGAUACCAAGUUUUGCAUGCAUUGGUCGUUGCGCAUCAUAUCUACAGGUAUCGGGUAGCAAAAUAUGGCAAAUGGAAAGAUCCUGCAUGUGUUGUCAAGAAUCUGGUGAACGAGAAGCUUCUGUCUCAUUAUUUUGUCCAAAAGCAAAACCUGGUGAACGUAAAUUUCGUAAAGUAUCAACAAAAGCGCCACUAGAAUGUAUGUGCAGACCUUGCACCGGCGUUGAAGAAAGUACAAUAAUACCACAAGAAAUAGCUGGAUACGCAGACGAAGGACCACUUUCAAAUCAUUUUAGAAAAACGAUAUCUGAUGAUAAAUAA